GUCAUGACGGGAGUCGAAUGAAGUAUGGCAAUGCUCACCCUUGCCCCGAGUGAAAUUUCUUCCAUCGCCCCGGCCGACGACAAUGGGAACGACACCACGGAGGUAAACUUACGCUUUGAAGACUACCCACGACAUGUCCUAACCGGCGGAUUUGUGGCUCUCGUCUUCAUGGCCGUCUUCGGCGUGCUCUCCAACGCAAUCUCGAUUGCUGCGCUGCUGCGGUCGUCAAAGCUUCUCAAGAACGCCACCACGCCACUCGUCUUGAACCUCUGCUUCACCGAUCUUCUUUUCUCGGCACUGAGCACGCCACUGGCGGCAACUGUCUUCUGGAACGCCGGUUGGGUGUACAGCGAUGGCCUGUGCGUGGCGUACGGAGUGAGCCGCUUCUUCAACACAGGCGCGUCCAUCUUUACAGUCAUGGCCAUCAGCAUCAACCGGUACGUGGUCAUAGUGAAGCCCCGGCUGUACGGCCGCACCUUUACCCAAGGCAACAGUCUGCUCGUCGUCACUGUGACUUGGCUACUGACGCUGUCUCUGCUGAUAUGGCCCACAGCUGGUAUUUGGGGACGCUUUGGAUGGGACGCCGACAUCGGCACAUGCAGCGUGAUCCCCAAGAAUGGGCGCAGCAGUAAGGCAUUCCUCUUCAUGGUGGCAUACUUCGUGCCUGCCACGUCCUUCGUCAUAUGCUACAGCCGCAUCUACUGGAUCGUGCGCCAGACGCAGCGGAACCUGCGCCAGUACAGCACUAACCAUAAGUCGGCAGCUUUCGUGGCCCGGCUCUUUGCCAAGCGACAGGGAGGCGCAGGCGAACCAAUCUCUGAGGAGAAGGUUCAGCGCCAACAGCGCCGCAUCGCCAAAGACUGGCGUCUACUGAAAACUGUUUUUGCCAUCUUCGCGGCCUUCACUCUUUGUUAUCUACCGCUGCUGGUGCUGAAGGCUUUCCGCCUGCUGGACAACUACCCGGGAAUCCAGGUGUUCGCGUACCUGACCUUCUACUUCUCCGGAUGCGUAAACCCAAUCAUAUAUAUCUGCAUGAGUCGCGAGUACCGGCAAGCAUACAAAGAACUCUGGCCGUAUGCCAAGAGUGCGGCACUCUCCGAAAGCACUGGAAGCCAAGAGACACCUGUGUGAAAAGCUUUGUUAAUGCAAGACAAAUAUGCAUUCAUCGAGAAAUUCCCAUGCCGAAAAGCGUUGACACCUGACAUGCAAUAACUGUUUUCGUUGCCCUUGGGGUCUUCCGUGUCAACUCAUACAGCGCUUUUCCUACCAUGAGGAAUAGAGCUGAAAAAAUUUCCAUUAUUGUAUUGACGCUCAAGGUUUGUUCGGCUCAUCUGCUUUUGUUGCCAAUAACUUUCCCACCUUUUUGUGAGAGUUCAUUAUUCUGACUGAGCUAAAAGGGCAUUACGCAUAUUUCUUCAAAUGUCUGUCGGCUGAUGGAGUGUUCAAAGUGGUGUUCGCGGCAAGCUAUAAAAUUGACGUUACUACAAAAAUACGUAAUUUUUCAAAUAUAUCGUCACCUCAAGAGCUUCCGUCACGAAAAAGGUUGAUAAAUAUUGCCAAAUUGCACCUUUAUUAAGAAACGUUAAUAAACCCGAAGGGCACAAGUAAAAUAUACAAUGAUCGUCUUGUUACCA